CCAUUUUUCACAGUUCUAGACCUCCUGUUCCUACUGGCAUCACCAACAAGAAAAACAGAAACAUCUGAAGCUCGGCUAGACAUGGAAACAAGCGAAACCACCACCACCACCACCACCAAUACAACUGGCACCGCUUCCCCUCUCUCCCUUUCUCCUUGUUCUUCUUCACCUCCUCCUCUUCCCCCUCCCGUCGUAAUCAGCCCCUGCGCCGCCUGCAAGAUUCUCCGUCGACGAUGCGUCGAGAAAUGCGUCCUCGCUCCCUACUUCCCUCCGACCGAGCCUCUCAAGUUCACAACUGCCCAUCGAGUGUUCGGUGCUAGCAACAUCAUCAAGUUCUUGCAGGAGCUUCCCGAGUCACAGAGAGCUGAUGCAGUGAGCAGCAUGGUCUACGAGGCGAAUGCGCGAAUUAGAGACCCAGUCUACGGGUGCGCUGGCGCAAUUUGCCAGCUCCAGAAGCAAGUGAACGAGCUUCAAGCACAAUUGGCCAAGGCCCAGGCCGAGCUCGUCAACAUGCAAUGCCAACAGGCAAACCUACUGGCCUUAAUUUGCAUGGAGAUGGCACAAUCUCAACAAGCCCCCUUGUUGCAACAACAACCCUUCGACAACUUCAUGAUAACUAGUCCUCACAGCUUUCAGACCAGCAAUGGGAUCUUCACCGACGACACCAGUCUCGGCUCCACGUGGGAACCACUAUGGACAUGAUUUCAUCAACCCAUCCUCCGUCCGGCGAGUCACCGGUUUCUUUUCCGGUUCUUAUUAAUUGAGUGCACCAGGAGGGAAAGAUCCAAGAGACGUAGUUAGAAGUUAGGACUUAGAAGAAGCCAGAGCAGAAGUAAUAAAUUAAUGCUAAUCCAACUUGAUGAUCAUCGGAAAACUGUAUGAAUAAACUAAAAAAAAAAAAA